GCGCGAUCUAUCGAAGUGGCAGUUGUGUGGCAGCCGCACCGGAGCCGAGCAUGGACAUCCAGCACGAUGGCCAUGGCGACGAGAGCGACCCGAUGGAGAUCAUGGUCGUCGCGCUCAGCAUGGAUGCGACCGAGAUGUACACGCGCUACCGGCUGCAGGAGACGCUGGCCUUGAUGGGCUGCCGGACCAAGGACGCGGUCGACGUGACGGCCAGCAUCUUUGAGGCGUACCACGCCUUUGGCGUCGGCGCCACGAGCCACUGGCCGUUCGAGAGCCUUCAGCACGAGGUCUACGCGCAGCUCGCCAAGCUCGACUACACCAAGACGUCGCAGCUCCUCGACUUUGACAUUGCCAAGGAGAUUACGCAGCGAAACAAGUCGUUUGUCGUGCUCCUCGGUGGCACCUCGGGCACUGGCAAGUCGACGCUCGCGUCGCUGCUCGCGUCGCGCCUGCGCCUCACCACGGUCUUGCCGACCGACUCGGUCCGGCACAUCUCGCGGGCCUUCUUGACGAAAGAGUCGCACCCGUGCGCGUUCAUGUCGACGUACCAGGCCGGCGAAGCGCUCACGCCCGACCAAGUCGACGAGCUCAAAAAGAUUGCAGCGGGCGACGUCAACACCAUCAUGUCGGAGAACCGCCUCCAGAAGCGCAAGGUGCUCAAAGGCUACAAGCUCCAGGCCGACGCCGUCCUCGAGAAGCUCGACCUUGUCCUAACGAUGUUUGAGAAGCGCAAGCAAAGCCUUGUUGUCGAAGGCGUGCACCUCAACACGGAGCAAAUGGUCGAGCUUGUCCGGCGGCAUCCCAACUGCGUGCCAUUUGUGAUCUACAUCUCCAACGAGAUGAAGCACCGCGAGCGCUUUGCGGUGCGGGCACGACACAUGACGAUCGAUCCGCAAGAGAACAAGUACAUCAAGUACUUUGACAACAUUCGCAUCAUCCAGCGCCACCUCUGCAAGAACGCGGAUACGUACUUGAUCCCGAAGAUUGACAACACCAACGUGGAUCGGUCGUUGGUGACGAUCCAGUCGACGCUGGUCCGCGUCUUGCGCAAGAUGCUGCGCGGCGACAGCAUGGUCGAUGAGAAGACCGGCAAGUUUGUCUUGCUUUCGCGGGAGCACGAGAGCGCCAUCAAGAAGGCGUGGUCGAGCAAGGGCGUCCGGAAGGCGAUGCGGCCGCUCACCAACCAAAAGGUCUCGAAGCGGCUCUUGCUGCGCCGUCUCUUGGCCGAGCAGCAGUCGAACCACCACGUCGGGCCCGACAGCUCGUCGAGCGACGAAGAGAGCGGGGACCACCGCCCCAGCCGCCAUGACGACGACGACGAGGAGCAAACGACCGUGGUCGGCAGUCUCUUGAGCUUUCGCGACAGCGCCAAAGUCCGCUCCGACGGCGACGACGAUGACAAGACGUUGUCGACUACGAUCCAGCAAAUGGCGCUCUGGCGCGCGAGCCAGCCCAAGCCGCUCGCGUUGAACGACACGGCCGUCGGCGACGACGGCGUCGACCCGGAAAUGACGUUUGAAAACUUCCACUUGGCCGACAUGAAGCAGCGCUGGCGCCACAAGGAGCGCACGCGGUCGUGGUUUGGGUCGCCGUCGCAAGCCAUCGAGAAGCAACGCUCGUUGACGCUCGACAAGGGCCCACUGAGUGCGAUUCACUCGGGCACUCGACGCCCCGCGACCAAGGUCCGUCCGUCCUCGGCGAGCCCGAAGAAGCGCGACUCGCUCCGGCACAAGGCCGUGCGCCUCGGCGAGAAAGGGCCGCGGCCCAUGUCGGCGCGCCGCCUCUCGUCGUCUCAAGAUUUGGAUUUGGAUUUCGACUCGGUCUCGGUCUCGGAUCUGGACCGGCAAGAUUGCAUCUCCGAGUCGUCGUCGCACGCCGAGAACUGCACGUCGCCGCUUGCGUCGCCGACCCGCAGCAUUGGCGAAAUGGACUACGCCGUGAGCUCGGGCAGCGACGACGACGACGACGACGACGACAACGACGGCAACGGGGUCGUCGGCUUUGCGCUGCCGCCCGUCCCGGCGUUUGCACCGGUGCCGCCAUCUCCGAGCUGCCCACCUUCUGCGAUUCGCCCGGCGCCGUAGACGGCUUCAAUGACGCGUCGUCGUCGUGACAAGCGCACGAAUACACUUGCAUGC